AUGUCCUCGACGCACACUGCGCCGCCCACAAUGGCUACGAAGCGGUGUUACGCACCUCAGUUCCUCGCACCGGGUCAACAUAUCAAGGUCGCUUCCCGCAAGCCGGCUUCAAAGCUGUGGGGUGCGGCAGGAGGUGACCCACUCGCCGGCAGGCCGCCACGCGAUCCGUGGGAAGACUUGGACGACAAUGCUGAGGAGCCGUGCUCCACGUUGGCCGGUGAGCCUGGCUCGCAGCGGCCCCAUCGCCAUCACACUAGCACAUCCGGCGGCCACCCGUACUCGGAUCGGCUCAGCGUGUCGCGCAGCAACGCUGCGAGCACAUCGCCGCACAGCAAGGAGGGCAGAAGCAGUGACUUGGCGCCGUCCACAGGGGCAACACCCCCUAUGGACGACCUCAAUGCAGCCGGUGACGAAGACGUUGACUGUGGCGCAACCAUCAACAAUGACCGUGAGAAGAACUACUACAGCGCCACGUCGGUUCUGCCAGAGCUGUCGGCGGCUGAACGAGCGAAGCGAGUGCGCGAUGCGCAGCAGCGCGCUCUGGAAGCCAAGCACCUAAAUGCGCUCGCGCAUCAAAGGGUGGCGCCACGGCCCAAGACGCUGGUACGCAAUCGGCAUGGCAGGCUCAACGCGAUCGCUACACACCCGGCAUCUGGGACAGAAAAAGAGGCUGGGCCCACGAUGCUCAUCUCCGACACUCCUGCCAGUCCAAGCGGCCAACCAAAGAUGAUGCAAGGGUGCUCCUCAACGCCGCCAGAAGCGCAACCGGAGCCACCAAGAUCACACGGUGAUGAAGGCGGCUCCGAUAGCGGAGUCAAGUCUCCUCAGGACUCCCAUAAUGUUCUUGCCGAGUCGUGUUCCUCGGCGCUGCUGGAGGUCCCGCCAGGGCAGCUAGAGAUUGACCUGGACUGA